CUCAGUCAGUGUAUUGUUGAAAACGGGAGGGUCGGGCUACAUUCCGCAGAAGUUGCAGAAGCAGUGCCAUCAUUGAGGAACUUGGCCGCAAAGUUUCGUUGGGAUUGAUUCGUUUAAUGAGAGCUGAAGGGGCGAGCGAAUGGAGAAGCACAAAGUGCUGGACCAGCUCCUGAUGGAGCUCCACCGCUUCUUGGUCAUCUUGGACAAGGAGACGCUGAGUGGGAACGCCACCGUCCAGAAGGGUUUGCUGUCUGAUCUCCUCCAGUCCUACAGGGCUUCGACUGGUGCUGAUGAGGAGUAUAUCUACAUGAACAAAGUCAUUCCCGGAAAAGAAAAAAAUGGUAAAGAUGACAGAUUAGAUGCCCUGCUCAAUGGAAAAGCAGCAAAACGUGUCCCCGUCCCACAAAAGAACCUUCCCGACCUGCCACCCCCGAGAACAGGUGUGGUGUGUCGGGAGCCGUUCCCUUUGCCUCCAGUACCAGCUCCAGCCUGUGCAGACGCUUCAGAGAGUUACUAUGAGGAGGCUCAACCCUAUGAGGAAACUGUCAAUGAUGAUGGCGAGGCGGUAAGCAGCUCAUACGAGUCCUACGAUGAGGAGGAAGUGACCAGAGAGAAGUCGUCAUCAGCUCAGCACCAGUGGCCAUCAGCAGAGGCGUCUAUUGAGCUGAUGAAAGAUGCUCGCAUCUGCGCUUUCCUGUGGAGGAAGAAAUGGCUUGGCCAGUGGGCCAAACAGCUUUGCGUUGUCAAAGACCAUCAUCUGCUGUGCUAUAAAAGCUCCAAGGAGCAGACACCUCUGCUGGAUGUGAGUCUGCUGGGCUGCAGUGUUGUUUACAAAGAGAAGCAGUUAAAGAGGAAAGAGCACAAGCUGAAGAUUAUUCCAGUGGGUGGGGAGACCAUUGUCCUGGGCUUGCAGAGCAAAGAACAGGCUGAGCAGUGGCUGAAGGUUAUUCAAGAGAUCAGCCCCAAGCCAGCUGAUAGCUGUGACCCCCAACACACUGUGUCUGACUCCCCAAGGCUUAUUUGUACUAAGGGAGAGCUGAGUGAGAGAUACUCUGUGGCUUCAGAGAGCGGCAGCAGCACAGACAGCCAUGCUGAAACGCCAGAAAGCAAAGAUGUGAAGAAAAAAUAUGGCGCAGGUUUAAUGUUCAGCAACCUGAUGAACAUCGGCAAGAAAAAACCCUCCGCACUCGAGAGCCCAGAGAAAUGUGUCGACACCUCAGGCUACCUCAAUGUACUGGUGAACAGUCAGUGGCGGACCUGCUGGUGUCUUAUAAAGAAUGGACAGCUGUGGUUUUACCAAGACAAGGGCAAGAACAAAGUAACCCAACCUGCUGUGUCUCUAGAGGGCUGCAAUGUUUUGCCUGACCCCAGCCCAGAGCACCUAUACUCCUUUCGGAUUGACAUGGAUGGCACACAGAUGGCAACUCUAGAGGCUAAGACAUCAGCAGAUAUGGGUCACUGGCUGGGACUCUUGCUGUCACAGACGGGAAGCAAAACAGAUCCAGAGGAGCUGACAUACGACUAUGUCAAUGCUGAGAGGAUCUCCACUAUUGUCAAUGCUGCGAGGACUUCCUUAUACUUGAUGCAGAGGAGGUAUUCAGAGCCAAACACCUACAUAGACACCCUACCUUCUAUUUCUCACAACUCUGAUGAUCUGUACGAUGAUGUGGCCUCUAUAGCUGACCCAGAGGAUGCUGAGGAGAAUAGCCAGACGAACUGCGAGGGCAACAAUCUCCAGAAAGAUAAUGAAACAUGCUCACAAGACAAUGCCAAGGGCCCACAGGGUACAGAACAAGACUCUGAAAACAGGAUUUACCUAGACCUUGUCCCUGUGCGCUCUUUCCUUCAUACAUCCUCUGGAGGAAAACUUUCCCCUAAAGAAGCUUCGAGACAUUCCCUAAUACCAGCAGAUGACCAGAAGGACUCCUCUCCUCAAGUUAAAGAGGGGACGUCGACUAACAAUACUGAGCCAGAUUCAAUGCCCGCAUUAAAUGGGACAAACUUACCCUCUGCUACCAGCAAACCAGAACAAGAACGAGCCCAGAUUCCCACUCCAUCACAGCCACAAACUCAACCAGUCAAGACCUCAACCCAGAGCCAAGAGACCACUAAGAAGACCAGCCUGGGAAUCACACAGGCCUUCAAUUCCUUUGGUGGACAAAUCCACAAGGGUCCAACAUCUCACACUGCUGCUGUGCGUCCUCACAGCCCACAACCUGCAAGGCCCAAGGCACAUACUAUAGGAUGCCCCGGUGCAGUUGAGAUAAAGCUGGGCAAGAACCGCACAGAGGCAGACAUGCGGCGUUACAUCGACGAGCGUGAUCGCCUGGAGAAAGAGAGGGAGGAGGUGAAAAUCAGUCUGGCAAACCUCAAGAAAGAGAAGAGGGAAAUCAAAGAGGAGCUCAGCACCUGCCAAGAUCCCAAGCAGCAGGCCUCAUUGGAAGCCCGUCUGAAGCAGAAGGAGGAGGCGUGCCGAGAGGCAGAGCAGCACAGGGUGGAGGUGGAGCUACAGUUGGUAGAAGUGAAGGAAAGUCUGAAGAAAGUGGAGUCAGGGCCCUUCACGCUGGGAACCACACUGGACAGCAGCCUCCAGGACACGCCGAUGCCUAAAGCAUCAACGAUAGGCUCUCCCCAUGUAUCAUCAUCAUCGUCGUCGUCACCAUCGUUAUUGUCACCAUCAUCUUCUUCCCAACCCUCCAGCAGCAACGUUAACGCAGAUUCAGUUUCCCCGGUCAAUUCUGCGUCUGCUCUUAAAGGCAGACCCACCUCCAUGAUGACCACAAAAGGCAACGUCCUACAGAAAGCUAAGGAAUGGGAAAAGAAAUCAACAACCUAAGAGGAAAUCUUCAUUGACCUCUGAAAUUCAGAAGUUUAUGUUGGUCUAGUUGCCCGUCACCACAUUCUGACCCACCGAAUGAGCAGACAUUUUAAUCAAGAACCUCCCUUCCCUUGGCCCUUCAACCAAACCAUCACUUUGUCAAGACUAUGAUGAGCCACAGAGGCACACUUCGUGUACUUGGAUACCACUGGAUUUAAUCUUAAAUUCAAUGACUUUUAAAGUUUGUUUCUAUUUGCAAAGGGAGGAAAGUGAUGAAGUAGCAUUUUGGCCAGUGUAAGAAAUGCAUUAAUGCUACGUUUAAACUUUGAAACAUUGAAAUUAAAAACCACUGAAGUACGAGACAGAGGCCCCCUUACUAAAUCAGCCACUCUGUACACAGAUUGUAGCUUGGUUCAUAUAUGCUGGUAGCCAAGAUGUAAAUAUAGUUACACCAUUAUUCAGCCUUUGGGCUUGUAUUGCUAGCUAAAAAUGCACUUUUUAUUCAAAUAAAAAUAUA